AUGGGCGCGGGGGGGUUCGGGGCGCUGACGGGGCUCGCGGGGGGCGCCGCUGACAAGCUGACACAGGGCGUCGAUAAAAUCACCUCAUCUCUAUCCAACAAGGAUGACUGCUCUCGUGAUGUCACUGAAGACUUCCGCCGCGCUCUCUACGACUUCUCCACUCGACUGUACAAGCAGGUCGCUCAGCGGGCCAGUGACCACUUCACACUCUCACAGUUCUCUGCCUGGCUGUCCCUCGCAGCUAUUGCGGAAAACACUUCGGGGGAGGAGCAGAAAGCGCUUCUAGAGAACCUUCGGCUGCCUGCGGCGGAGUGUCUGCGGAAGAAGUACUACGAGCUGGCGUUGUCUCUGGAGCCGGCUGGUGAUGACGUCACGCUGGCGCGACGCCGGCUGCUGCUGGUGCAGCCGCCUGCCCAGCUGCCGGCCAACUUCAGCCAGCGCGCGGGCAGCCUGCUGCAGGCCUGCCAGGUCGACCCCGCCGCCACCGCGAAAGACGAACUCAAGCUCAGUACAGCACCCGCCCCAGCCUCGGCACUCCUAGCCGACUCUCUUGACUACUCCGCCCUCUGGACCUCCGCCUUCCCUGAAGCCAAUAUCAAGCGGAACCAGCCGUUCUACGACGACAAUGGCAAACAGAUCGGGACCGUCGACCUGAUGAAGAUCAAGAAGCGCGUGAAGCUGGCGCAUCUGCCGAUCCUCAAUGCGAAGGUUCUGGAGCUCCCGGUGGGGUCCGACGGGCGGUUCCGCAUGCUGAUGCUGGUCAACCUGGGAGUGCUGCCCAUCAGACACACGGUCGAGAUCUUCCAGAACACGAUUAUUAUAGACAUAUUUGACAAGCUGCUCGAGAGUGCCAUCCCGCUCGAAGUAUCCAUCCCCAUCUUCAACUUGACUUCGGAGCUGAAACUGCGUGAAUCUUUGGAGGCGAUGGGCGUAAAUUCUGUUUGGAAGAGUUCCCCCGCCCCUGCGGAAUACUACCAGCGAGUGUCAGUGGCCGUAUCACCACGAGGAGUAUCUGAGGGGGCGCCAAGUUCUGGCUCGACGCUGGGCUCCCUACUGGGGGCGGCAACGGGACUGGCGGCAGCAGUGGGGCGCGAGUUCACGGCCAACAGACCCUUCAUGUUCGGCCUCGUGGACAAGGGCACCAGGACCUGCCUGUUCACUGGCGCGUACUCGAAACCCCCUUCGGCAUCGUAG